CCGGUGCCACUUAUCAUUAGAUAUGGCCACCGUUACAGAGUAUGCCGAAGCGUCGUCUUCAACUUGAUUUUGUGAUUUUAACGUAGUGAAUUCUGCUACCGUGGCAGGCGGAAUGUUGUUUUCUGACAAGCAAAUGUUUGUUUUUUCAUGUCACGGGAAGCGGUUGUUACUGCGUGGCAGGCUGGCUGCGAGAGUCUCCUAACUGGCCGCUGCUUGGUCCCGCAGCUUGUCGCAGCUGAAGAAAAUAGAACCAGUUGCCAACCAAGCGGUCGUCACCCAGUGUUCGCUCUGCGCAGAUCCGCGUUUGAAGUUUGGUUUACGGGGUGUUGACUUUUGCAGCUGCCUGGAUUUUUGGCUCUGAGUUUGCUCGUACGUUAAUGCUAAAACUGUUGGCCAUAGACUUGGGUGGCUAACACCAACUAGCUACAUUACCCCAACUCGUGCGACGACAGCUGUCAUUGGAGAAAGGAAAGUGAUCCCCCUCCCUCCUCCAAAUGCAAGCGAAGCGGGUUUCUGUUGGAUUUACAUGAUCUGUCUUUCCAUCAAAUGGGCAAAGUUGGGAAUAACAUUGCAGCGUUGGAAUCUAAUGCUAUGCGUUGUACAUUUCUGAGAACUGCGGUGUUGCUUCAUUGGAGAGAGGCUAGCUAGCUUGUUAGCUUGCUAGCUAGCUAGCUUGCUUGGUGAUAAAAGUGCGACGUUUCAUCUCCCAGUAUUUCGGACAUGAAGAGGAUAAUUCGCUAUUCAUAGGGCUGGAAGAAUGUCAUCAGAGGAUAAAACUGUGGAGCCCUCUGACCAGGGACCCUUACCGCCCUCCAGCAGUGUAGGGGCCACAUCCACAGGAAGUCCUGCCCACGCAGACAAGCGACCACGUGGCAGGCCACGCAAAGAUGCUGCUGUCAUCCUACCCCAGGCACCAUCCUCAUCCCUGCCCAAGAACAGAAAGAAGGGUCGCACCAGAGGAAGGGUUGUUGUAGAUGAGGAGGACAGCAUGGAUGGAAGUGAGAUAACGGAGUCCGUCGGCACUCAGGACACAGAAACCCAAAUCCUGCCAGCAGAGACCGUGGAAGAGAUGGCCAGUGAAGUGCCAGAGAAGGACGAGCCCUCCUGCCCUCUGGCCCAGAGCCCUCCAGCUGAGAAUUCAGCAGGACCAUCUGUCCCAGGGAGUAGAGAAGUGAAAAGCAGUAAGCGUCUCUGUGCCUUCUGUUACUGCGGUGGCCGUAGCCUGCUGGGUCAGGGGGAUCUGCAACUCUUCUGCACCAUGCCUCAGCUUGAAGCAUUAUUCAGUCAGAAGGAUGGAGGAGGCUCGACGAGUGAUGGGAGUGAUGGUGAUAAAACUACUCAGCCUAAAAUGGCUGAAGAGACCACCUCAGGACAGAAGGAAAAGACGAAUGAGUCUGAAAGCUGCGAGGAAGAACCAGAACCAGACCCAGCCAGUCGAUUUUGGGAUGAACUUUCUCAUGUCGGCCUUCCACAAGAUUUUAAAGUCCAGUCUCUGUUUGAGUCAGGGCAAUGCUGGGCACAUCAGAGUUGUGCCUUGUGGUCUGAAGGUGUUUGUGAGGGCGAGGGACAAUCUCUGCUUAAUGUGGACAGAGCCAUUGACUCAGGGAGCACAAAGCACUGUGCAUACUGUAAGCGCCUUGGAGCAUCCAUUAAGUGCUGUGCUGAAGGAUGUGCUCAACAUUACCAUUACCCCUGUGCAGGGGCAGCUGGGACAUUUCAGGAUAUCAGGAGUAUCUCGCUCCUCUGCCCAGAACACAUCGAAUUGGCCAUUCACAAAUUUGUAGAUGAUGUAAAUUGCGCACUCUGCGAUAGCCCGGGGGACCUACUGGACCAGCUCUUCUGCACCAGCUGUGGUCAGCAUUACCAUGGAAUUUGCCUGGACAUGGCCGUGACCCCUCUUAGAAGGGCAGGUUGGCAGUGCCCCGAGUGCAAGGUCUGCCAGACAUGCAAGAAUCCAGGAGAGGACACGAAAAUGCUGGUGUGUGACAUGUGUGACAAAGGCUACCAUACAUUUUGUCUGCAACCUGCUAUAGACUCUCUUCCCACCAAUGGAUGGAGGUGCAAGAGCUGCAGAGUUUGCCUCCAAUGUGGAACACGAACCAGCGGGCAAUGGCACCACACCAGCCUGCUGUGUGAGAACUGCGUCCAAAACCAGGACCCCGCUCUGAGUUGUCCUACGUGUACUUGCAUCCUGGACCCUGAACAUCAUAAAGAUUUACUAUUCUGCCACACUUGUAAAAGAUGGCUACACCUUGAGUGUGAGCGUCAAAACUCAGGCCAAGCAGAAAUCCACCCCAGAGAGGACUAUGUCUGUUCCAGCUGCAAGUCCCCUGCUGCAGAGCAGGCACCACAGGCAGAAGAUAUGGAUACUGGCCCAGAGCUCAGCCCCCAGCCUGUCUCCAUGCACACAGACUCUGAGUCCAGCCUACAGCUGGCUCAAAAGCACACGGACCUAGAACCUGGCACCCAGCAGCCUCCUGAAAUGCACAAUGACCCCAAACCGGAAUUACUUGCUGUUCCAUUGCACUCAGAUCCAGAGCCUGCUCAGGCUACUGUCCAGGAGGAGAAGCUGGCCACAUCAGCCCAGAUGCCUGAAGUCUCAGUGGUAGCAGACGUUGAAAGGCAGGUGACUGAACCAUCCGUCAACAAAGUCCUCACAGAAUUCAAAUCAGAAACAAAACCAGCAGCAAGAACCCAGCUGACAUCUACAGAGAGUCCUGCAUCUUCAACGACACCCUGUCAGGAGCUGGAGACUUUUCCAGCCCAGGUCUCUGCAGAGGCACUACAGUCGCAGGACACCACAUUAAAAAUCAAACCAGCAAUCACGGAGGUCUGCUCUGAACAGGGUAUGGCUAACCCCAGCACAAAGGAUUUUAAGGCCAUCAUCUCAGCCACCAAAGAACCAAGUACUGCACCAGUACCUUUCAUGGACCAACCAGUGGAAGUCUCAUUACUCCAGCCUCCAAUUGUGGAUGUUGUCAGGACUUCUUUUCUGGAAACUGCUCCAGAAGACCUUGAGGAGAUGAAGGAUGGUAUUUUUCACAGGAACCUGGCAGAGACUGUUAACCCUUCAGCUUCUAGUACAUCUGAAGAGAUGGACACUACACUGGAGAACACACCUAAUCUGUCAUUUCCCAGCCUGUUUUCGGAGGAGGGACCCCUCAAGACGUCAGUGGAAAGGCUGGUUGAAAUGGUUUCCGCUUCCUCCUCCCACUCCUCAUCUCUUCUACGCGGGACAUGUCCCAGAGAACUUCCACAGAUCCAGAUCCUACCUUCACUGGGUGACCACAGCAGUAUCACACCCACCACCACUCUCAUACCACUCACCCCAAAGAUUGGAAUGGGAAAGCCAGCUAUCACCAAGAGGAAGUUUUCUCCUGGGAGGCCAAGAGUGAAACAGGGUGCAUGGAGCCCCCAUAGCAGUGUGAGCUCCCCUUUGUCCUGGUCACCAGACCAGUCAGAGGGGUGGGACGUCCCAAAGACCAGGCAGUCCUCUGGCAGCCCCGGCUGGAGCAUCAGAGUGGGUCGAGGCUCAGGCUUCCCUGGGAGGAGGAGGCCCAGAGGGGCUGGUCUAUCAGGUAGAGCUGGACGCGGCAGAGCCAGAGGCAAGAAUGGAGUCCCAUGUCCCAGCAUCAACCCGGGGAUCACCACAAUAGAGACUCCAUACCAAGUCAAGGAGGAAGAGGAGAAUGCCAUGCACAACACAGUGGUGAUAUUCUCCAGCAACGACAAUUUCACUCUAAAACAGGACAUGUGCGUGGUGUGUGGGAGUUUUGGCCUUGGUGCAGAAGGCCGUCUUCUGGCUUGUGCUCAGUGUGGCCAGUGCUAUCACCCUUUCUGUGUUGGCAUAAAGAUCACCAAGGUGGUGCUGAGUAAAGGCUGGCGUUGUCUGGAGUGCACUGUGUGUGAGGCCUGUGGCCAAGCCACAGAUCCUGGCCGCUUGCUGCUGUGUGAUGACUGUGACAUCAGUUAUCACACCUACUGCCUGGAUCCUCCACUGCAGAACGUACCCAAGGACAGCUGGAAGUGCAAAUGGUGUGUGUCCUGUACCCAGUGUGGUGCCACCACACCAGGCCUAAGGUGUGAGUGGCAGAAUAAUUACACCCAUUGUGCCCCCUGUGCCAGCCUUCCAACAUGUCCCAUUUGCCUAGAGGACUACAGUGAAGGCACCAUUGUUGUGCAGUGCCGCCAGUGUGAUAGAUGGUUCCAUGCUUCUUGUCAGGGUCUCCAUUCAGAGGAAGAUGUAGAGAAAGCUGCAGACAGCAGCUUUGACUGCACAAUGUGCCGAACUUUUAAGACCACUAAAGUUAUGACCAAGGCCAGAGACGCCAUUGAGCCUGUAGUCAUGAUGCCGACCAUUACAAAAGCUAAAGAAAUGGAUUUGUCAAGGACCUACACUCAGGAUGGGGUUUGUUUGACAGAGUCUGGGCUAUGCCAACUGCAGAGCUUAUCUGCUACAGCCUCGCGGCGCAGGAAACCCAAGCCAAAGCUGAAGCUAAAAAUCAUUAACCAGAACAGCGUGGCGGUGCUUCAACCUCCUGUAGACCCUCUCUCAGAGCAUUCUCGUGAUGAAGACAUGGAGGACAACAGAGAGGCGGAGCUUAUAGAUUGCGAGGCAAAGUCUGACUCCAGCCUGGAGCGAGAGCCAGUAGAAGACGACUCCAAGGGGGCCGACGGUGGCAAGAAGAGGAAGAGGAAACCGUACCGGCCGGGCAUCGGUGGUUUCAUGGUUCGCCAGAGGAGCCGCCCAGGCCAAGGUCCAGGCAAGGCCAAACGACCCCUCUGCAGAAAAGACUCUUCUGGAUCGGUGUCGGAGAAUCCUACUGGAAAAGAUGAUGGAUGGACUGAAGCACUGCCUGAUACUCCUGUGGAUGAGAUGCCCCCUGGGCAAGAAGUCCCAGAAAAAAUAAAGAAACGUUACAGGAAGAAGAAAACAAAACUGGAGGAGGCCUUUCCCACAUAUCUGCAGGAGGCAUUCUUUGGAAAGGACCUGCUGGACAAGAGCAAGCAGACAAGGCAGCAGGGUGUUGAAUCAGGCUUGCUGGAAGAAGGGCAGAGCCACGUGGAGAGGAAGCACAACACUACCAGCUUCAUGGGCUCUUCUUCAGACCCUCUGCUCAGUGCCUCAGCAACAUCUCUUCCUACCAGACCCACAGCAGCACAGACAUCUGAGGAACCAUUAGUUGAUCUAUCUGAUGUUCUGAACACUGAUGCAGACAUCUUGGGAAUGCUCGGAAAGUCAAGCAAUGACUCUGGUCUUGAUUUUUGCCCCUUCCAGGUUGACAGCUCGCCUCCUCCUUUUGCUGGUCUGGACAUCGGAUCCCUGUCAGAUAGUUCCCCAGUGGCUCCCUACUCUCAGGCUGGCCGGAGGACACCUCGAACUCUCCCUGAGGAACCCCUGGACGGCAUUCUUAGCCCAGAGCUAGACAAGAUGGUCACUGAUGAAUCGAUUCUCAGCAAACUUUACAAAAUUCCAGAGCUGGAAGGUAAGGAUGUGGAGGAUCUCUUCACAGCAGUCCUUAGCCCUAGCACAAGCCAACCACCUCCCCCACCACAGUUGCCUCACCCCCAGGGUCCAGGGCCUCACCCUGCCACACCUGGUACAAGCAUGCCUCACCCCAACACAGGUAAUCCCAUGUUUCCAAGGAUGCCAAUGAUCAAUGGUAUGAUGGGACCAAACCAGCGCUUCCCCACAAAUCCAGGAGCAGGACCCUGUAUCCCAGAAAACUUCUCCCCCCUUAACCGUAUGCCUUUCUCUGACAAUCCAAGGGAUAGAAAGUUUAAUCAGAUGCCCAGAGAGGCAGUAGGUCCAUGGACCUCCCCUGGCCAUUGCCCUGGCCCUACACCCCCUGGAUCUCUGCCCGAGGCUGAGACUGAAGCCAUGUCAAAUGCCCAAAGGAGCACACUCAAGUGGGAGAAGGAGGAGUCACUUGGAGAGCUAGCCACUGUUGCGCCAGUCCUGUAUACCAAUGUCAACUUUCCCAAUCUCAAAGAGGAAUAUCCAGAUUGGUCUACAAGAGUAAAGCAAAUUGCAAAACUUUGGAGGAAAGCUAGUUCACAAGAUAGGGCCCCAUAUGUGCAAAAGGCAAGAGAUAACCGAGCAGCCCUGCGCAUCAACAAAGUCCAGAUGUCGAAUGAGACGGUGAAGAGGCAUCAUCCACAGCAACAGCCCCCUGAGGUGUUUGAUCCCAACAUACCACUAGACACAGAACUGCUGUUUAAAGACCCUUUGAAAACAAAAGAGUCAGAGCAUGAACAAGAGUGGAAGUUUAGACAGCAAAUGAGGCAGAAAAGCAAACAGCAAGCCAAAAUUGAAGCCACUCAGAAAUUGGAGCAAGUUAAGAAUGAGCAACUCCAGCAACAACAGCAGCAGCAACAACAGUGCAACAGCCAGUCAGAGGGAGAUGGCAACAUCAGUGGAAACCAGAGCCCAGCCUCCCAGCCCAGCAAUGGCAGCAUGUCCCCCAUGCAGCAGCUCAACUCUAAAGAAGCCUUUGCCAGGCCACAGCUACCAGGAACGCCUACCUCAGGCCUUCAAGAGGAUGUGUUCUUAAGACCCCCUCCUCCCCCUCCAUCUGGCCCUUCUUCCCAACCUCAGUCCCCACAGGUAUUCUCACCCGGUUCCUCCGGUUCCAGACCUUCAUCUCCAUGGGACCCAUAUGCCAAGAUGGUUGGAACCCCAAGACCUCCGACUCUUGGGCCAAAUGCAUGUCGUAGGAUUGCAGUGGAAUCUGGCAAAUCCCCCACUUCCUUGAUGGAGCAGCAGGACAGAGGUCGACCAUCUCCUGCUCAUGAAUCCUUUGGCUCACCAACAUCCAUGAGCAGUGAUCCUUAUGCCAAACCUCCUGACACCCCAAGGCCAUGUGGAGAAAUUGACCCUUUUUUGAAGCCCAUGGGUCCACCCAGAGCCAGUCAGGCUGCUCAGGGACGACCCCCAAUGGGUUCUCCAGGUAGAGACUCCUACUCAAGGCCCAUGAUAAGAAAUGAGGCUUAUCAACGUAUGGCCCAGAACAGGAUGAUUUUGUCUGACCCAUAUUCAAGGCCUUUACUAACACCAAUCCCUGGAAGUAAUGAGUCUGGCUCAGUUCCUCUGUUCAAAACACCUAUGCCCCCUCCUCAGACUCAGGAUCCCUUCAGCCGACCAGGUCUUCAUCCUUCUGACCGAUAUCCCCAGAAUCCACAGAAUGAUCUCUUUGCUCAGCCUCUGCAUACCCCAAGACCAUCUGGGAAUGACAACUUCACCAGUCCCCCUAGAAUGAGCCAGCAUCACCCACAGGGGCACUCAUUUGUUCAACCAGGACCAAUGACUCAAAUGUCAAGAAAUCCUUAUGCUCAUGCACCUUCCACUCCAAGGCCAGACCACUUUACAUAUGACCCCUUUGCCCAACCUUCUGGUCCCAUCAAGCCAGCUACUGACCCAUUUUCUCAGUCUGCAGUUAACCAGAGACAGUUUAAUGAAUCCAGUGCUCAAUCUCGUCCGUUUUUUGAGCCCUAUGCUCGACCCCCUGGCACCCCACGUCCACAUGACAACUAUGGUCAGCCAUCAAACAACCCUAGCCCAUCCUCAGACCCUUACUCACAGGCUCCUUCUACUCCACGCCCCAGUGGGAUGAACCAGUUUACUCAUCAGGCGCACCCUGGACAAAGGAUGUCACCGUCCCACGCAGUAGACCCUUAUGCUCAGCCACCAGGUACUCCACGGCCCUCAAUUGGAGAGAGGUUUUCCAAGUCACCAGGCAGCCAGAGAGGAGCAAUAGAGCCAUUUACUAGCACACCCGGGACAUCAAGGCCAGGAAAUAGUGACAUGUAUUCUCAACCUGGGACCCCUAGACCAAUGCUUAAUGACCCCUAUGCCCAGCCUCCGGGGACCCCACGUCCUGGUCCUGAUGGACUCAGCAGACAAGUGCCAAGGCCAGGGCCAAUGGGAAGCCAGGAUCCUUUCCAGUCACCUCAAGGAAGGCACCAAGAGCCUUUUGCUCAUCCAGGCUCUCAAACCCCAAAACACUCGAGUUUGUCUGAAGAUGGAUUUACUCGGUCCCCCUCCAGAAGACCUGGCCAGACACCUGGCCACGACCCAUUUGAACAUGCCCCCAUGACCCCCCAUCCUCAGUCAACAGAGAAAAUGGAAAUGAAAGAUCAGUCAGGUGUGGGCAACAAUGUAACCACCCCCCAGGAGCCUGGCCAGCUGUCAAACAACCCACAAAUACCUGGUGCAUCCUCUGAGGCUCAUUGUGUUGCUCUUGCUGAGACUGAGGAGAGACUCAGACAGAGACAACGAAUUAGAGAACUAAUCUUAAAGCAGCAGCAACAAAGGAGUGCAAUUCGACAGGAGCGGGGCCCUCAGGAGCCUACUGGUGGCAAUAUAACCCAAGGAGCACCACGACCCUGGCCUCUGGAGGGCCAGGGGGAAAUAUUCAACCGACCACCUCCACCUUAUCCCGGACAAGGACCUGUUAGAGGGCCAAUGAGGUUUCCUGGACCUUUUCCAGGGGAUCCACGCAUCUCUUUCCCUAACGAGGGACAAAUGCCUCGGGGCCCACAUCUUGGGGAUCCUAAUUUGAGACAUCAGGGACCAAGGUUUGCAUUUCCUCCUGGAGUCAUCGGACCACAUGGGCCGCAAGAGUUUUUCCCUCGGGGCCAACAUCCAAUGCAGGAUGUUCCUCCACAAAUGAGACGCUCCAUGUCUGCAGAAAUGGCAAAGAGCAUGGGAGGCAACCCCAUUGGAAUACCCCAGCACUUCCCACCACGUGGUAUGCCGGUGCAGCAGCACAACAUAAUGGGCCAGCCUUUCAUCGAGCUACGACACAGAGCUGCAGAAAACAGGCCACGCAUGCCAUUUCCACCAGGUCCCAUGCAAGGAAGCAGCAGUGAUUCCAACUUGCAAGUUCAACGGCCAGCAGGUUUUCCAGGAGCACCGGAUUCAAGGUUUCCCUUAAAUCAGGGGUCCAGGAUGGUAGACCACAUGUCCAGCCAGACUGGCCAUGUUCAGCUGUCUGCCAGCAUGGACAAUCUUCAUCAGCAAACUCAAAUGUCAGCUAACACACUCAAACAGUCUCCUCUGAUGAGAUCCAUGAGCCAGCCUGCAUCAAAUGAGACCCAGAACAUGAUGGCAUCAAUGACUCUGACUGCACCCCCUGCUGGUCAUACUGAGUCUGUCUCAGUGCCCAGCAGUGAUGCUGUGGAGGAGAAAUUGGAUGCAGAGGAAUCUGCAGUCAAAGAUCUUGAGGAUGUAGAGGUGAAGGAUUUAGUGGAUGCUGACUUGGAAAACCUAAAUUUGGAUCCUGAAGAUAGUAAAGACCUAGACUUGGAGACCAAUGACCUACACCUUGAUGACUUCCUAACAUCUGGGAAAUUUGACAUCAUUGCAUAUACAGAUCCUGACUUGGAUGACAUAAAGAAAGACAUGUUUAACGAGGAAUUGGAUCUCAGUGAUCCGAUGGAUGAUAAUGCUGACACUACUACGGACAUUAACAAAACUGAAACUGAAGCUUCAUCCAGUUCAGCAUCAGCACUUGAAAAAUCAGAGGCCUCAAGUGAGCAGUCUUUAUGUGAUGUUAAGCUGGAAGCCAUUGGCAAUCAGGACUCUACUGCUUUAACACCUGGUAAAGAAAUUAAAACCGAGGUCAAAGACUGUCAAAAACAACCCGAGGUGGUAGGUGGAAACACCUUAACAACCAACCAGCAAGGAUUGUUCUCUGACUCCACCCCAGUCCUUUCUAGUUUACUCAUUAAGCAGCAGCCUGAGGAGCAGUCAUUAAAUCAAAUUGUUGAAUCUGUCAGUCAUGGAGGUAACCUAAUGCCCCAGCAGAACCAAGUCACUGACACUCAGCAUACCUCAGGACUUUCAAUGAGUCAAACAAUAUCUGACAACGCUGCAGGAGAAUCCUCUAUGACUGGCUUUGGAGCAGACCACCAGGCGGGGAUAACCCUUGGAGUGGACCCGAACAAUCUGAGUCAGGCCCAGCAAGCCGCAUUGAACCAGGCAUUGGGUCAGCAUGGCCAGCUACAUCGUCCUCUACUGCUGGAGGAGCAGCCACUCCUAUUGCAAGACCUUCUAGACCAGGAGAGGCAGGAGCAACAGCAGCAAAGGCAGAUGCAAGCCAUGAUACGACAGCGUUCCAGUGACUCCUUCUUCCCCAACAUAGAGUGCACUGAUUUAUUUGUAGACUUUGAUGCCAUCACCGACCCCAUCAUGAAAGCGAAAAUGGUUGCCCUGAAAGGAAUCAACAAAGUCAUGGUUCAGAACAACAUGGGAAUGCCUCCGGUAGUCAUGAACAGGUUUCCUCCUGGUCCUGUUCCUGGUCCUGGUCCUGGUCCUGGUCCUGUUCCUGUUCCUGUUCCACCUUGUCCUGAAAGUACACCACUUCCUCCUAAAGUUGUUGGACAGGAUGGGAAAUUGACACAAGUUGUGAGACCAAAUCCUCCUAACUUUGGACCAGGAUUUGUCAACAAUGCUCAGAGGGCUCAGUAUGAGGAGUGGCUCCAGGAGACUCAGCAACUACUUCAAAUGCAGCAGAAGUUUCUGGAAGAGAAGAUUGGAGCUCAUAGAAAGUCUAAGAAAGCUCUGUCUGCCAAGCAGAGAACAGCAAAGAAGGCAGGGAGAGAGUUCCCCGAGGAGGAUGCUGAGCAGCUCAAACAUGUCACAGAGCAGCAGGGUGUAGUGCAGAAACAACUGGAGCAGAUCCGCAAGCAGCAGAAGGAGCAUGCUGAACUUAUAGAGGAGUACAGAGUGAAACAACAGCAGAACAGUAUGACACCUAUCAUGCCUGGGAUGCACCCGAUGCCAGGUCCUGCAGGCAUGGGCCCCAGUGGACCAACAAUAGUCCAGCCUCCCAUGAACCCUAUGAUGCAGGUGCCACUUCAUCCUGGCCAAACAAAUAUACCUCCACGUAUGCCCAACCCACCACCUGGCUGGCAUCCAGGUGCUCCCAUGCCCAUGGGUGGACCAGGCAUGCCACCGAUAAUGCCCCCCCAGGUACCUGUGGGAAAUCCAGGUCAACACCAUCAGAUGCCAAUGGGUAACAUGCCCCAGCACCCACAAAUGGCUGUGGAGCCCCAGGCAGCAUCAGUUCCACCAGGUGGGGUAAAACCCAUGCAAGGAGGUGGUGUGAAGUUUGAUGACAACAACCCAUUCAGUGAAGGCUUUCAGGAGCGGGAGAGGAGGGAGAGGCUUCGUGAGCAGCAGGAGAGACAACGGGUGCAGCUCAUGCAGGAAGUUGAACGACAGAGAGCCCUGAAACACCGAAUGGAAAUGGAGCAGCAAGGGAUGAUGGGGCCAGACGUGAACAUGGCACCUCUCACUCAGAUGCCAUUUUAUAAUGCAGAGCUUCCUCAAGACUUCAUGCAGCCUCAGAGGCCUCCUCUACAACAGCCCCUGGGACAUGUGUUUCCCCAGCAGCAGGGCAUGCAGCCAGGAAUGGGUUCACCACCUGGAGCGUUUAUGCAAGGUGACAGGAGAGCUUUGAUGGGCAAUGGGAUGAUGCCCCCAGAUAUUGGGCCUGGUUUUGGCCCUGAUAAUCUUCCCCUGCAAGCACCUAACUUUCCUCAAGGUCAGCCAAGGCCCCGACAGUUCAGUGGCCCAGGAAUGAUGCCAGGCGAGACUCUGACAUUUGACACCUCUACACCUCUACCAUCUAACUUUCCAGGUUCAGGUCAGUCUCUUAUCCAGCUGUACUCCAACAUCAUCCCAGAUGAGAAAGGGAAAAAGAAGAGGAGUCGCAAAAAGAAGAAAGAUGAUGAUGCAGACUCAGUCAAAACACCUUCAACUCCACACUCGGACCUAACAGCCCCCCUCACACCAUGCGUCUCCGACACGUCCUCAACUCCAACCAGAAACACCCAUCUCUUUGGAGACCAGGACUUGUCAAGGUCCCCAUUACUAGGAUCUUCCACCCCCAGUCACUCAGAACUGGAAAGACAGCUUUCUGGUGGAGGACAGUCUGGACAAUCUGGUCUCUCAUCAGACACAGCAAAGGCGCAGGCACAGGAGCAUGACCGCAUCCUCAACAACAUAAAGCUGGAGCAGAUUGAUGCCAGUGAAUGUCACGGGCCCAUAGGCUCAGAAAUGAGCUACGUGAAGGAGGAGGGUAGUAAAGGGAGCACGUCUCCAUUCCUUGCUGGGCAAAGUCCAAGCAAGGGUGAAGCUGGUAAUGAACUACUAAAACACCUUCUGAAGAACAAGACUACACCCCCUUCUGGAUUACCCCAGCAGAGGUUAGAGGAGAGCCUACGCUCGGAGGAGGAGGAGCCUGUAGACUGCAAAUCCCUGCUUCGGCAAAGCUCUAUGGACAGCAAUGGGGCUUACUCUGAUGGCACCCUUGACUUUCCUGGGCCUCUGCUCCCUGAACAGGAGAAAAAGAAGGGGAGGAACAAGAGGGCACCUAAAGGAGGAGAGAAACCUGCGUCUCGCUACAAGAAGAGGAAGAAGGAAGGGGAUGAGAGGCAGUUGAUGCACUCUGGCAAUGACGCUGUAAUGACCCAAAUCAAACAGCAGCUCUCCCUGCUGCCCCUCAUGGAGCCCUUAAUUGGGGUCAACUUUGCUCACUUUGCUCCCUACGGUAGCGGUCAGCUCAAUGGAGAGAAUCUCUUAUCUGGUACUUUUGGCAGUGCAUCACUAGAUGGAGUCUCCGAUUAUUACUCCCAGCUGGCCUACAAGCAGAGUAACCUGAGUAAUCCACCAACACCACCGGCAUCUCUUCCUCCCACCCCACCACCUGUAAACCGACAGAAAAUGAUCAAUGGGUUUGCCACAACAGAAGAACUGGCAAGCAAAGCUGCUGCUAUGGUGUCCAAAGGUUUGGUACCAAAGCCACUACAUGUCCCAUUUAGGACGGAGGAAGAUCUUCUCGCUAGGGCCAUUGCACAGGGACCCAAAACAGUGGAUGUUCCAGCCUCGCUCCCCACCCCUCCACACAACAACCAGGAGGAGCUCAGUAACAGAGGUCAGGAGCCUUGCAAAGACCGAGACACACCUGACAGUUUUGUUCCAUCGUCAUCUCCUGAGAGUGUGGUUGGCAUGGAGAUCAGCCGCUAUCCAGACCUUUCUCUCGUGAAGGAAGAGCCGCCAUCCCCUUGUUCGUCUCCUGUCCUCCCCAUGCUUCCUCCACCUGAUGGCAAAGGCUCAGUGAUAAAACUGCAAGAUAUCAAGAGUGAGCCAUCUGCAAUGUUCUUCGGCUCCCCCUUUGACCAUGUGUCUAAUGAAUCCAAACAAAGGCUGGUGUCUGUUGCGAUCACACUGAGACCAGCUGCAGCUGAGAACAUCACAGGUGUAGUGGCAGCCAUUUCAGACCUACUGUGUGUGAAGAUCCCCAGCAGUUAUGAGGUCAGCAGCACCCCAGACAGGGGGCCACUCUCUAUGCACAGUGGUCACAAGAUGGGCCCCCAUGGCAUGGAGCCUCGGCCUCCUGUGCUCUUCCAUGGACAUGGAGACAAUGGAGGGCUUCAUGGGCGGCCGGGACACAUGAUAAGACCCGGUGGAGCGCAGGCGAUGAUGCAACAGCAGCAGCAGGCACAUCAUUUUCGCUUCCAUCCCAACAGCCCAGGUGCUGCGUUACUUCGAGGACCUGACCAGAAAACCCCUGCAAGCCCUGGAUGUAAACCGCAGUGGUGCUGCCACUGUAAGGUGGUGGUUCUGGGAAAUGGAGUACAGAAAUCCAUCAAAGAUAUCCCUGCCCACAUGAAGGAAUCUGAAGGCCGUUUGAAAUCUGAGGAAGACCUGGUCUUCUGUAGUCACAGCUGCUUCCUCCUGUUCUGCUCCUCACCACCACUGCAAUCCAGAACAGCCUCAGAAACCAAGCAAUCGGUGUCCCUCCUCCCAGCCUCGCAGCAAACUGAGUGCCUUUCUAAAGCUCAGCACCAGUACAGUAACAACAUGUCAUCACUAGAUGUUCAUUGCCUGGCCCAGCUUCAGCCCAAGCAGUCUCCCCCUUCGACCCCUCCUAUUCCCUUCCCCCCAGCAGGUGAAACACCAAAGAUGGAAUUAAAGUCUGAUGCCAUCAAAGUGACAGUAAAGUUGAAGGCCCGGCCAAGGUCCCAUGAUGGCUGGAACCAGGGAAAACGACAGAAAGGGCUGCGCUGGAGAAAGUGGACUGUCCAGAUAGUUGUGCCUAGAGGGAAUUCCCAACUCCCAGACGAGGAUAAAAUUGAUGAUCUCCUCAAGAAACUUGGGGCCUCCCUUCGCACUCCUGCCCUACUCCUGGAUCACAGACGUUGUUGUUUUUGCCACCAGUUUGGUGACGGAAACACCGAUGGCCCUGCUAGACUGCUUAAUCUUGAUCUUGAUGUAUGGGUUCACCUAAACUGUGCCCUAUGGUCGACCGAGGUGUAUGAAACCCAGGCUGGGGCCCUUAUCAACGUGGAGCUUGCACUGCGCCGAGGUCAAACCGUACGCUGUGCCUACUGCCAGCAGACUGGAGCCACCAGUGGCUGCCAUCGCCUCCGCUGCACCAAUGUCUACCAUUUCACCUGUGCUCUGCAAGCUCAUUGCACCUUCUUCAAAGAUAAGACCAUGCUGUGUCAUGCCCACCGGCCUCGUGGAACAGCAGGACAAGCGCUGGAGCAUGAGCUGCGUUGCUUUGCUGUCUUUCGACGUGUCUACGUCCAAAGAGACGAAUUGCGUCAGAUCGCCGCUGCAGUGCGGCACCCUGAGUUGGGCUACACCUUUCGAGUCGGCAGCCUGGUGUUGCAUGCAAUGGGCCAACUAACGCCCCCACAGAUGGCAGCUUUCCAUUCCACAACAGCCAUCUUUCCAAUCGGCUAUGAGGCUUGCCGCAUUUACUGGAGCAUGCGCCACGGCAACCGCCGUUGCCGUUACAUCUGUUCUGUUGAAGAAAGAGAAGGAUUGCCAGAGUUUACAAUUAGAGUCAUUGAACAAGGCUACCAAGACCUUCUGCUGACUGACAAUUCUGUUAAAGGUGUGUGGGAUAAGGUUCUGGGUCCUGUAGCUGAGAAAAGAGCCGAAUUGGGGACCCUGAAACUCUUUCCUGUUUACCUGAAAGGAGAGGAUCUGUUUGGGCUCACAGUCCCUGCUGUUACCAAGAUCACUGAAUCGCUCCCAGGAGUGGAGGCCUGUGACAGGUACUCGUUCCGUUACGGACGGAACCCUCUUGUGGAGGUGCCUAUCAUUUUCAACCCAGCUGGCAGUGCCCGUGCGCAGCCAAGGACGAGUUCUCGCUACACUUCACUGAUCAUAAGGCCACAUCCACAGGCUGUAUCCAGCAGCAACGCCAGGUCUAAUCAGAAUGUGGCCCAAGGAGAAGGUGGCGCACCCCAUAGCAAGCCUCCAGUAGUCCACCCCAGGUCUUCUCAGUACCGCUGGAUGAAGAGUGAGUGGAGAGCCAAUGUGUAUCUGGGCCGCUCCCGCAUCCAGGGCUUGGGGCUGUUUUCUGCGAGAGAGAUCGAAAAACAAACCAUGGUGAUCGAGUACAAUGGAACCAUCCUCCGUAAUGAGGUCGCCAUCAGGAAGGAGAAGACCUACAGAACUCAGAACCGGGAAGUGUUCAUGUUCCGCAUCGAUAGUGAACAUAUUGUCGAUGCGACUCGAAACGGAGGGCUUGCAAGAUAUAUCAACCACUCUUGUGCCCCGAACUGUGUUGCUGAGGUGGUAACGUUCGAGAGGGGUUACAAAAUAAUCAUCACCUGCAAUCGCAGACUUGAAAAAGGAGAGGAGCUGUGCUUCGACUACCAGUUUGACGCCGUGGAGGAUCGGCACAAGAUCGCCUGCCAGUGUGGAGCUCCCGAGUGCAGGAAGUGGAUUAACUAAGAAAAAACGACAAACCUAAAUGCAUUCCUUGCUAUAGUGUGUGGAUGCUGUGGAUCUCUGCUCAGAGGAAUGGAGGCUUCACACUUUAGUCAUUUUUAUGAACCCUUGGAAGGAGAUGAAUGAAUUUACACAUUGGUUCAUUAAGAUCACGGAGAGACCAUGUUGUGGAGGAAGGGGAAACGUUAAUACAGUAGCAGGAUGUGACUUGUGCCAUAUUGUGAGGGGCUGUGUUGUGUGAGAAGCCUCUAGUCUGACUGUGUGUGUGUGUGUGUGUGUGUGUGUGUGUGUGUGUGUGUGUGUGUGUGUGUGUGUGUGCGCGCGUGUGUGUGUUCGGUGUACAUGGGGUGCGGAAUCCACCAGCGAAUGAGAAAGCACUGUGCAGGGUGCGGCCUUAUUGCGUACUAAGGGCAGGCCCUUUUGUUACAUACUGUUAAUGUAUACCGUAUGACUAAAUGUAGACAUCACUGAAUGAGGAAUGUACAGCAACGAAUACUGCGAAGGGAAUAUUAACUUGCACUAAAAAAAAAAGAAAAUAAACAAAAACAAAACACAUACACACAAAAACUUUUAAAAUACUUGAUUCCAUGAGUCAGUUUUAUCAUAGGUCUCUGUCAUGUGAUUUGUGUGGAAUUUGAGAGGUUUUGUAUUUAUUACUGAAUGAAUGAAUUUUAUUCUCAAAAUGAUGAGAUUGUGUUGAAGAAGGCUAGAUUGCUAUUGUUUUUGAAGACUGAAGAAGACAUGCUGUUACUUUUUUGUAUAAAUGUACAUAAAGAAAACUAUAGGAAUAACCGACCAAAUACUACCUUAACCUUCUUGAUGUUUGGGUGUUUUUUUGAACUGUUUCUGUUCUGUUUGUCAUUGAAAUUUAUUUAAGAUGGACGUUAUUUCAGUUUGAGAGUAUAUAUUAUGAUUAUUCUGUACAGAAUUUGUAAUAUAACCACAAUAAUUCGCAAAGUAUUUUUGUUGUAUUAAAAGUAAGGUAUUGUAGCGUAUUGUUUUGUGACUUACACAUACUUUGACCACUCAAAAAAGAAAUAUUUUUGUCGACUAGCACAAGUUAUCAGUUACAGAAUUAAAAAGGAAAAAAAAAGACUUCACGAUAGUAAGAGAUCAUUAUAAUCUGAUUGCUGUUAAUCAGGUUUAAUUUUAAAGAACUGUGAAUUAGGUUUUAAAACCCAAAAAAAACAGCUUUUUAACUUUUUAACACAAAUAGGAACACCAACAAUGUAUUUAUCUGUUUCUGUUUUUACUUUACUUUUAAAACAAGGUGCAAACGUCUAAUGGUGUUUUGAAUUAGACGAACCGGUCUGUGUGUGACACAAAGACAUGGAAUCAUGGGGUUGUUCUACCUUUUUGAACAGAAAUGGCAUUCUCCUUAAUCAGAAAUAUUUCUUAUACUGACACUUCACAAGUCACAUGCUUAGAAGCGGAAGAGUUUUUGCGUGCACAAUUUCAAGUUGACUGUAAAAUUUUGGAGACAGUCCUAGAACUUGUAAUGUAUAUGGCAUGUAUUUUUUUAACUUUCCGAAGACUCAAUUGUAUAUAUUUUCUCAAUGAAUGGUUGUAACAAAAUUGUUUCUUGAUAUUUUUCUUCUCUUGUAUGAUAUUACAUCAUCCUGCCAGUGUGUUUGUGCAACAUUUUCUUGGUCGUGUAAAGUAGUCAGAAUUUUUCUUUCUUUGUUCCUUUUGUUUUUCUUCUUUUUUUUUUGAAAAUGCCUUUUGAAGUGUACAGAUUAUGGAGUUUGUGGAAUUGAAUUUAGAAACAUUUACAAAAAUAAACUAUUUUACAUGUUA